GUACUCAUGAAAGAGCGGCACGGCAUUACUUAGCAACGACGGAACCUUCAAUCAACAGUCGCUUUGCCCUUUACAGUUUUGCAGAGCCUCUGAUGAUUUCGGAUUUUCGGCCUCUUCACACUUUGCAGUGCCAUGUCGUCUGCAAAUAAAAUAAUGGCAGGGGUGGACGCGGAUUGCAGCAAUUUGAUAGUCAACUUCUACAGAAAAAUGACGUGCGAUUUCAACGCUUUCGUAGAAUCUUGGAUCGAAAUGGAAUUUUAUUAUAUAUUCAGUGGAAGGCCAUCCGUUAUAGAGAUGAAGUAUUUUACCAGGGAAAUUCUUAUAAUUGCUAAAAAAUUGGCUCUUUCCAAGUUCACAAAGUGGGAACGAGUAGGAGGGCUAUAUUUAAUGUUUGCUCUCUUCAUGACCCAGCCAUUGGAAAACAAAGUAAGGAUCAGAAUCGAAUUGGAAGAAUGGAAAACACUAAGAGAAUUUGUAAAGAAUAUCGUACAGAAUAGCAAAGAAGUUGGCUUUUGCUUUUACAAGCUAGUCCAUGAAAAGGCGUUCGAUUUUGUAUUUGCUGAGAUACCUUAUUCAAGAGAGAGAAGGAAGGUAGAGGAAACUGAAUCAGAAAAAAAAAAUUUCCAGGCCAAGCAAGAAGACGAUAGGCUAAGGUUCCAUGAAAUUCUUAAGAUGGUUAAUUUUGACAAAGAAGAAUGGCUUAAAGAGGAGAGUGCACUUAAUGCAGCAAAAGCAAGAUUAAACAAAUUGCUACCUCCUGGUGAAGUAAAAUUUGAAAUGAGCAACUUUUUAAGUCCAUUUGUUCUUGAAACUCCUGAGACACAUCCUGAAACCCCAACUCCGUCGACAUCUGGCACUCAGAAAUCAUCAAAUUUGCAAGGAAGAAAAGGACAAUGGUUGAUAAAUAGCAUCAAGCCACCUGAAGAUGAAAUAACAACAGAAGAAUUGCAUCAGGAAAUCAACCCAUCCUGUUCUCUUCCCAUGAUUUGUGAUAAUUUUGAUGAAGCUGCAGACGUGGAAGAUGUAUGAUUUGAUGUAAUAGAGACUGAUUUUUAUUUUAAUGAUUUAUUAUUUGUAAAAAACUUUUAUUUUGUCAAUAAAUAAUUUUUUUCUAAA